UCUGCAUGCACUGUCAGAGCACUAGUCUGCUGCAAGGAAUCGGGCAUCUCUCUCCUCCCUACACCUCGCCUGCCUUCAGCCUCAGCAUCUACAGCCUCCGCAGUUCACAGGAAAUGAGCUUCAUACAAAGAUGACAUUGCUGAAGAUUUGAGUAUUACUAGACAUACUAUCAUCAAUGAUCUUUGGAUAUCACUGCUAUACAAAGAAUUAAAAAGGACAGGAAAAAUUUAAAAAGAGAGCCGUAUGAUGCUGAUCACACAGCUUUUGCAUGUGUGUAAUUGUGAAGAAACUAAACGAGCACUGACAGAAUGUCAACGAGCUUCACUCAAUGUACAUUGUGCAGGUCAGUGAUCACUUUAGGUUAUGGAUGGUGAUUUGCGACGACAGAUCAGGAGCCUUUGACGAGAAGGGAGGAAAAAAGGGAGAGUGAGAGUUUGGAGAGGAUUAUUCCCUCCUUCGUGCGUGUCUCUCCCACAGAUCGGCGCAGCAGUCAAUGCAGAGGAACGACGGAGAGAGGACAGCGCUCAUGCAUGCAGCCCGGGAAACUUGCACUUCCUACCAGCCUGCUGAAUGCCACUUGGAUUCGUUCUCUUUUUGGCUCUUUCACAUGAGGAGAACUAAGACAUUGUAAGUCUGCCAGGAUCUGGUGUCCGAUGAAAAGGAGUGGGGGGGCUGAAUUUGUACCACACUGGGGUCUUUUUUAGUUUCGCACAUAAUUAGUGUCGGCACAAAGGGAUCAACUGAAUAGAGGUUGUCAGCCUCUGGAAAGGGGUGAGUAGGCAUCCUUUCAUGUGAGAUUGAUUCUCGAAGAGCGAAAUUUUUUUGUACCUACGUCUCUCUUUUCCUUUCUCUUAUCUAACAUGAGCAAAGCGAGUUGUCGUUUAUUUGCCAUCGUUCUUCUCCUUUCGAUGUGGCAGGAUUUCUUGAUUCUUUAAGUAACAAAUCACCAUCCAUAUUUUCUAGAAAUACACAUCACCUGAAAAGACUUGGGGAGUUACAAAUCACAAAACCCAAAAUGACCAAGAUCUGAAAGAUUCAAUGGACUUUUUCUCUACGACACUGCAGGAUAUUCAUGCUAAUGGAUUUCCUCCUAAUUGGUCUAUACCUAAAGUGGCCGCUAAGGAAGCCCCCUGGGCUAAUACUGUGCUCCCUUGGAAUUGUUCUGAAAAUAGUUCCACUAGUGGGAGGGAGCUGUCCGAGGCCGUGCCGAUGCGACAACAAGCUGCUGUAUUGUGAAGGGUUCAACCUGACUGACAUCCCCCAAAACCUGAGCAGCGCCAUUGGUUUGUCCCUGCGCGAGAAUAACAUCUCUGAGCUGCGGGAGGGGAACUUUGUGGGCCUGUCGCAGCUUACCUGGCUAUUUUUGGACCAUAACAACAUUGAGAUUGUGGAGGAGAAUGCCUUCGAGAGGCUGCGAAGGGUUAAAGAGUUAGAUCUGAGCACCAACCGGAUAGAGAGCCUGCCCAACGGGACCUUCAGACCUCUGCCCAACCUACGAAUACUGGAUUUAUCCUAUAACAGACUUCAAUCCUUGGAGCCAGACCUUUUCCAUGGCCUUAGGAAGCUUACCAAUUUACAUUUGCGCUACAAUGCCCUUAAAUUCAUCCCUGUGCGGAUUUUCCAGGAUUGCAGGAGCAUGCAAUUCCUGGAUCUGGGUUACAACCAGCUGCAGAGCCUGGCACGUAAUUCAUUUGCCGGACUCUUCAAGCUCACUGAGCUGCAUCUGGAGCACAACGAGUUGGUGAAAGUCAAUCUGGCCCAUUUCCCCCGCCUCAUAUCCCUGCGGACCCUCUACAUGCGAAACAAUAAGGCCACCAUUGUGGUCAGCACCCUUGACUGGACCUGGGACCAUUUGGAGAAGAUUGACUUCUCCAACAAUGAGAUUGAGUACAUUGAGCCACAUGUGUUCGAGAGUGUCCCCAAACUUAACACUCUUAUGCUGGACUCUAAUAAACUGACUUACAUAGAUCAGCGAAUUAUGGACUCAUGGACAUCCCUGACCAGCAUCACUCUUUCGGGAAAUGAAUGGGAAUGCAGCAGGAAUGUCUGUGCCUUGGCUUCCUGGCUCAGCAACUUCCAGGGACAACGUGACAGUGGCCUGCUGUGUGCCAGCCCAGACAUCGCACAGGGUGAGGACAUUCUGGAUGCCGUCUAUGCUUUCCAGUUAUGCGAGGACAAUAUGGAAGCAACAACGCAGAUCUUCACAGCUACCAGAAACCGUGCCAGAGGCUUCAUAUAUGAUGGCCCGACGAAAAACCCCUAUGACCUGCAGGAUGUGGAGGGCGGGGAAGUGGUGACCAACUCCUUGACAGUGACUGCGUCUGCUGAUGACCUGGAGAGCACCAUGCAGAUUCACAAGGUGGUGACAGGCACCAUGGCCCUUAUUUUCUCCUUCCUGAUCAUGGUCCUCAUGCUCUAUGUGUCCUGGAAAUGUUUCCCAGCAGGCAUCAGGCAGUUGAGGCAGUGCUUCAGCAGCCAGCGUCGCAAGCAGAAGCAGAAGCAGACCAUGCAGCAGAUGGCUACUACGUCUGCAUCCGAGUACUAUGUUGACUACAAACAAAACCAAAUUGAGGGGGCACUUGUCAUCAUCAACGAGUUCGGCUCUUGCACGUGCCAGCAGCAGGCAUCUCGAGAGUGUGAGGUGUGAUAUUCACCCAUGCCAUUUUUAAAAGUCAGUGGUUUCAAAGUAUGAAUGGAUAUGGAACACAUGUUAACUUGGCAACUCAUUUUGCUGCACUCAGGAGGAAGUUAACAUUUCUCAAGUGCAAAUGGACUAAAAACAGGGAUUUAGUGCUUGUUUCAACAGCCUCAAAGCCUUGUGGGAGAAUCUGACUCUGACACCUGUGUACUUGAUGCAAAAUAUGUGGAAUAACUAUGUUGACCUGUCCUGGCUGCUCGGAUAUUUGAGCUUUAAUGUGUCUUUCUACUUCAGGAUAUUCUAGGACUUUCUAAAGCUAUCAAAGACACCCAGAACAAAAUCCAGAACAAAAUUUUUACUGUGGUCACAAACAGACAAAAUUGGAAAUGAAAACAACAAAACAAAGAAACCCUUAAAAAAAGAUUAUAUGUAAAAUAUGUUAACAGCAAAAAUGGAAGAGUGGGGAUAAAAUGCAAGAUGUUAUCCUAUUUCUUUUGUAAUCUAUGGAGAGAAAAAAAACAGAGGAAAACACAAAUGUUUAAAUAAAUGAAUUGCAAUUCACAGUACUCAUUAUUGCAGGUGAGUUGGAGGAUUGACUUUUUUUUUGUGAUCGUGGGGAAAGAUGUUCAGAGAGCUCUGCAGUAUUGCAGGAUGUAAAUAAUCAGGGCUGUUGGGAGCACUUCACUUCAUUUGAAAUGUUAAGCCUCAGUCUAAGAUUCAGAUCUCCUCGUCUCUCCCUGAGAUAUAAUCACUGUGCAAAGCUUGAUUGCUAUGGCUGUUUGCAGUUGCCCCUCUUGUACCUAUCCUGAAUAGAUUAAGCAAACUAGCAAAAAACAAAACAGGCUGAUGCGAUUUGAUGGGAUCUCACAUGAUAAAGUCAAACAUUUGUGUGCUGUGCAAAUAAACAAGACAAGGAGUGUCUAAGACCUUCAUUCCUUUCACUGCUUCGACAGACUUCACAGCCUUUAAAUCUUAAUGUACUUGAAAUGGGUGUGAUUAAUUAUCAAUUAUGUUUGGUUUUUAGUUUUGUUUUUCCCACGAAAAAAGCUAGCCAAAUUCUAGAUGUAUAUUUAAUUGUGGCUUUCUGUUUAAAUGUGACGUUACUUUAAAAGAUAUCCUGUGGUAAGCUGUUGUUACUUUGUGAGAGAUCAUCCUGUCGGAUUGUUAGAUUGUGUGCAGUCCGCAUCAGUGGCUAUUGCACUGGUGAAAGCACAGGACCUCUGAGAGAAGGUACAGGCUGCUCCCUAGUGUUCAUACCAGCAGUAGAGGAUGACGAGAUACCGCAGCAGCAACAAGCCCUUGAAUUUCUCUUGCCCAGGCUUUGCGUGUGUUCGUAUGUGUAUACGCCUGUUGCUUAUCUAUGUGCAGUCUCUUAGCUCAGCUCAGGAUUACUAACACAGCGUAAAGUAUCUGGACUAAACAACAAAAGCAGGAUGAUUAUAAAAAGGGAGAUUUCACUUUACAUCUACUUUGUUGUCAUCUCACUCACUUGGCUGUUAUAAUGAUGUUUUUUUUUUUUUUGGUACGCAUAGGGGACAUGCCACUGUGAAGAUGGUGUGUGUGUGUGUGUGUGUAUGAGAGAGAGAGCAAGAGAGGAUGUACUGUAUGUGUAUGCAUUAAAAUUUUAACUAUUUAAGUGGGUGUUUUUUUUUUUUUUUGUCAUCUCCAAAAAGGUGGAAUUGAGUUUGUUCUGACCAGCUGCAUGUGUGAAGUAUUAAUUUGUCAUGUAUGACUGGGAUAUGCCUUAAAGGGACAAUGUAAGGCUAAACAAAUAUUUUUUACAAACAAAUCAAACAGUUUUAUUAUGAAUUCCACAGUCCCGCCCCCUUUGAAUCCUUUAAUACUUGAUAUGAAACUGUUCUAUUUUCAGCACUGUAUUUGAUGCGUAUAUGAAGCUAAGCCAAGCUAAACCAAUAAAAUGUAUUCCUACUGUUGUAAAUGAUCCGCAA